UAAUUACCCCGAUAUGAGGCAAUCUAUUUGCCUCGGCGUGAACCGUCAAGAUUCGAAGCUCCGAGAGCGAAGAGAGCGCAAAGCAAACUGGACGCAGGUGACAUCUGGUAUUCGCGGCGAUCACUAAACAGUCCGAACUCGGCGUCGAAUGAGUAAUUCGAUACAUCGGAAAGGUUCGAGGCGCGGCGGCAUUCACUCGAUCACGUCACUCGAUGAGUUGAUUCGCGUCAUCGGCGGACUGUUGUGGUUGUUUGCCGAAUUGCAUCGGAAUCAAAUAAAAUACGAGUUUUCUAUUUUUUCGCUCAACGCAUACGGUGAAUCGACGAGUGAAUAAGGAAUCUCGAACGAAGUCGAAGUCUUGGGUGGACGACUCUGGCAUCUCGUCACUUUUCGCCGAAUCCACUUGGGCGAUCGAGUCACCGAGGUGACGCAUCAAUCCGAAGGAUUUUUUCGAGACUAGAGACGUUUCCCAGUGCAAGGCGAUGGUACGAUGACCGCUCUCAGGUGCUUCGUGUACGCGCUCGUCGUGGUGGCAACCUCGUACGCCUAUGACGACGAAUGCUACAUUCCUCUUUUGGACAGAGCUCAAUUAACAGCAACCACUUCCUUAUCCGAAAGAGGUCCAACGAAUGCCAGGUUAAAUGGCGGAAACGCAUGGACGGCUGGCAGUUCCGAUUUCGGUCAGUAUUUAAUAAUUGACCUGGGCCAAGUGAUGAACGUCACAGGCGUGGCGACUCAGGGACGAUUACUGCAGAAGGAAUACGUGAUGGAAUAUCGUAUUAGUUAUGGCACCAAUGGUCUUGAUUAUGUGGAUUACAAGGAAGAAGACGGCCACGCAAAGAUGUUUAAAGGUAAUGUAGAUGGAGACAGAAUAAAACUUAAUAAAUUCGAAGUACCAAUAAUCGCUCAAUGGAUAAGAAUAAAUCCAACACGAUGGCGGGACAGGAUAUCCCUGAGAGUUGAACUCUACGGAUGUGACUAUGUGUCUGACGUUGUAUCUUUUAAUGGAUCAUCCCUCGUACGUCUGGAUCUAUUAAGAGAGCCUAUCGAAACCGAUAGGCAUUUUAUACGUUUUCGCUUUAAAACAAAUAAUGCCGAUGGAGUAUUAAUGUACUCUCGCGGUACACAAGGUGAUUAUAUAGCUUUGCAAUUACGGGACAAUAGAAUGUUGCUCAAUAUCGAUCUGGGAUCCGGUAUUAUGACGAGUCUGUCAGUUGGCAGUCUUCUGGACGACAAUAUGUGGCAUGAUGUCUCAAUCUCGCGCAAUAGAAAAAAUAUUUCCUUCUCUGUCGAUAGAGUACUGAUCAAGGGUAGAAUAAAAGGACAGUUUCACCGACUGGAUUUAAAUAGAGAACUUUAUAUUGGUGGUGUGCCUAACAAGCAAGACGGUUUGGUGGUGAAUCAGAAUUUCACUGGUUGUAUAGAAAACUUUUAUUUAAACGCGACGAAUAUAAUUCGCGACCUGAAGGAGACAGAAAUCAUAGAUGAGAAUCUGAGAUACUAUAAGAUCAAUACACUCUAUACCUGUCCGGAACCUCCGGUGAUACCCGUCACGUUUUUAACUCCUGGAUCUUUCGCUAGACUGAAGGGUUACGAGGGUAUACCGUCUAUGAAUGCUUCUCUUGCAUUUCGAACUUACGAAGAGCGAGGAAUAAUUCUUUAUCAUCAGUUUACAACUCCGGGCUUCGUCAAGUUAUAUCUGGAAGAAGGUAAAUUGAAGGUCGAUAUAAAGACAAAGGAUAAUCCGUCUGCGACUCUAGAUAACUUUUACGAAAAAUUCAACGAUGGAAAGUGGCAUCAAGUAAUUUUGACAAUUGCCAGAAAUUCUCUCAUCUUGAAUGUCGAUGGACGACCAAUGAAAACGGAGCGUCUCCUCGAUAUGUUGACUGGAGCGUUUUAUUUGGUUGGCGGUAUGAUGGGUGAAGGGAGCAAUCAUGGUUUCGUAGGUUGUAUGAGAAUGAUAAGUAUCGAUGGGAAUUAUAAAUUACCGACCGACUGGAAGGAAGAAGAGUAUUGUUGUAGAAACGAGGUCGUCUUCGACACUUGUCAAAUGUCAGAUCGUUGUAAUCCGAAUCCUUGCAAGCACUCUGGUGUUUGUCGUCAAAAUUCUGACGAAUUCUUCUGUGAUUGUGCUAAUACUGGAUACGCGGGCGCUGUUUGUCACACCUCAUUAAAUCCCUUAUCAUGCGAGGCGUAUAAGAAUAUAAAUUCGGUAAAUCAACGUGCAGAAAUUAAAAUUGAUGUGGACGGCAGCGGACCCCUGAAGCCAUUUCCUGUCGCUUGCGAAUUUUUCACCGAUGGGCGCGUAAUGACAGUUUUACGUCACAGUAACGAACAUUUAACUCCCGUCGAUGGAUUCGAGGAACCUGGCAGUUUUAUUCAGGACAUUAAUUACGAUGCUGAUCUCGAUCAGAUAGAGGCUUUAUUAAAUCGAUCUAUAAAUUGCAGACAGAGGAUAAAUUAUGCAUGCAAACAUUCCAAGCUAUUUAACUCUCCAGUUUCUACGGGUGAUUACUUUAGGCCGAACUCGUGGUGGGUGAGUCGGAGUAAUCAAAAGAUGGAUUAUUGGGGUGGUGCGUUGCCUGGGUCGCGAAAGUGCGAGUGUGGUAUACUUGGAAACUGUGCGGAUCCUACCAAAUGGUGCAACUGUGAUUCUGGAUUGGACGGAUGGUUGGAAGACGGUGGCGAUAUUACGGAGAAAGAAUAUCUUCCCGUUAAACAAUUACGUUUCGGCGACACGGGUACACCGCUCGACGAAAAGGAGGGUCGUUAUACAUUAGGCCCACUUAUUUGCGAGGGCGACGACUUAUUUAAGAAUGUUGUCACAUUUCGCAUCGUGGAUGCUACCAUCAAUCUACCGACAUUUGAUAUUGGGCAUAGCGGCGAUAUUUACUUUGUUAAAACCACUAUCGAAGACGCUGUAAUAAUUCACAGCAGAGGACCCACUGAUUACAUUAAGAUUUCCAUAAACAGUGGAAACCAGAUACAUUUUCAGUACGUGGCAGGCGGUGGACCGCUCACUGUGAGCGUACAAACAUCUUACAAAUUGGCCGAUGAUCAAUGGCAUUCCGUGUCGGUGGAAAGAAAUCGCAAGGAAGCCCGAAUUGUCAUCGACGGAGCACUGAAGAACGAAGUGCGAGAACCACCGGGUCCUGUGCGAGCACUUCAUCUCACCUCGGACCUCGUAGUGGGUGCCGCGACCGAUUACAGAGACGGAUUUGUCGGUUGCAUAAGAGCGCUGCUACUCAAUGGUCAAUUGCAAGAUUUGAGAAGUUAUGCCCGGCGCGGAUUAUAUGGUGUUACGGAAGGUUGUACGGGCAGAUGUGAGAGUAGUCCUUGCCUUAAUAAUGGCACGUGCCACGAAAAGUAUGAUGGAUAUUGGUGCGACUGUCGAUGGACCGCGUUUAAAGGACCCAUUUGUGCGGAUGAAAUUGGUGUAAACAUGCGACCCAGUUCGAUGAUAAAGUACGACUUUAUGGGCAGCUGGCGUUCCACCAUCGCUGAGAAAAUACGCGUUGGUUUCACUACGACAAAUCCAAAAGGAUUUUUACUUGGCCUCUUCUCCAACAUCUCGGGAGAAUAUAUGACUAUAAUGGUCUCAAACAGCGGACAUUUACGCGUGAUAUUCGACUUUGGUUUCGAGCGGCAAGAAGUUAUAUUCCCGUUUAAACAUUUCGGCUUGGGACAGUAUCACGACAUCAGAAUCGGCCGGAAGAAUUCAGGCUCGACUCUGAUAAUGCAAGUCGACAAUUACGAGCCGAAGGAGUUCACUUUUAACAUAAAGAAUUCUGCGGAUGCGCAAUUCAAUAAUAUCCAAUACAUGUACAUCGGCAAGAACGAGUCUAUGACGGAGGGAUUCGCGGGUUGUAUAUCGAGAGUCGAAUUCGACGAUAUAUAUCCAUUGAAGCUACUCUUCCAAGAGAACGGGCCUCCUAAUGUACGCUCGCUCGGCAGUCCAUUGACCGAAGAUUUCUGCGGAGUCGAACCGAUCACGCAUCCGCCAGAUGCCAUCGAGACGCGGCCGCCACCGCAAGUAGACGAGGAAAAAGUGAGAGCUGCGUACAAUGAGACUGACACAGCCAUUUUAGGGAGCGUGCUAGCGGUUAUCCUGAUUGCGCUCGUGAUUAUGGCAAUCCUCAUAGGUAGAUAUAUGUCUAGGCAUAAAGGCGAAUACUUGACACAAGAGGACAAGGGUGCUGAGAUAGCCCUGGAUCCGGAUUCAGCGGUUGUAAAUUCAGCCACUGGUCAUCAAGUGCAGAAGAAGAAGGAAUGGUUCAUCUGAAAUACAUCACACGUUAAAUAUGUAAGUGCUAGAGAGGAGUAUACAUUAACUUAAUCUAAAAUAUUAUACAUAAAUCCUUCUUACAAGGGUAGUCUUUUGCUCCGUUCAACUGUUAUCUCUACGUUUUAUAAUUUUGUAUCGAGACAAUGCGCGUAUCAUAGCGAGAUAGAAAUCAAAAAAGAACUGGUCAACUUUGAAAAAUAUUUGAAUUCUUUUCGCAAGAUUCAUAACAGUUUUAUUAAAUUCAAUCAUAAUUUUGAUGAAUUAUAUAUUAA